CAUCAAUCCAGUCAAAAUGGCUUUAUUCAAUGUGAAUAGGAAGCACCACAAUCAUCCUGUCCUCGGCCUUCAGUACAGCUUACUUCACCUGUUAACAUUGAUGUUCUGCUAUAUUUUUGCGGCGCCACCUACGACCAGGAGGAGCAAAACCGUAACGCGGAUUGCGAUCUUCCCGUGUGGUUCCUGCACAAAUGUCGCGGCAUGCAUACCUAUGCACCCAGCAGAAGUACCGCGAGAGAUAAGUGUGCUCGUUCGGUCAUGCCCGAUUCCAUCUAGCGGCAGAGCUUGGGAUGCAAGACCAGACACUUGCCUUGCGUUCGACGCAGAAGCAGCGUGUGGCAUCACACUGACCAUUUCCUCCACUCCAUUGGGAGAUGCUACCUCUACCGCCACCAAUGACUCCAAGUCCUCAGUAGUAUCUGCUUCCACCUCGGCGGCAUCGGCCGGCAACUCGGAAACCUCAUCCACAGGAAGUGAAAUUCGCUCGGGCGAAUCCACCAACUCAGACCGUUGAUCUGGCUCUAGGGAAAGUAGAUGUCAUUUAUUUCCAAGUUUAUCACCCGUUUUCUAACCUUGAGAUAUUAAGGAGGGGACUCGGAGUGAUGCCGACCCGGGUCAGGAUAUGCCUAUUUAGAGAGUAAGUGCGAGUCAGCUGUAGAGCUGGUCUUGGUUUUGGAAAAUGUGGCUCAGAGAAGUAAGGUUUCAUCUGGCUUGGUAGAGGCGAGGGCGAGCCAUCCACAGCCAGACAUACACAGCUUUUACCCUAGACGUCAGAGACAUUCAAGAUGAC